CCCGUUCCUCGACCUCCUCGGCCACCGCCUCCACGCUCAGCCUGGCUUUGCUUGCCAGUUGCAGGUGUCCAUCUUCCACGAGUCUUGUAUUCUGGUUCUAGAGCUAUGGUCCAACGUCUUGCUUUGACCUCCGGUCUCAUCUUGCUCCUCGCUUACUCCGUCGCGGCCCAUAAACAUCACGAUGAACUUACGGAAGAACAGGCGAACGCACCGGUAGAUACCAUUCUAUGGUUACACAUAUUCCUCCAAGCGGCCGUCUGGGGUGUGCUCUUCCCCACUGGGAUGGUCUUGGGACUCUCCCGAAGUCGAUGGCACGUUCCACUGCAGAGUGCCGGCUUUGUUUUGACUGUUGCUGGAUAUGUGCUCGGUCACAAGCAUAAAGGAAGAGCUUUCCUUGCCGGCCCGCAUGGCAAAACAGCCAACAUCCUUUUCAUCCCUAUGGCUCUGCAACUCUUCCUCGGGAUAUAUCUCAAGCUACACAUACACGAACAAACUCUCAGGCCAUGGGCAGUACGCUUCCAUGGCGUAGUAGGCAAGUCGUAUCCGAUUCUUGCCUGGGUGCAGAUGUUGUUCGGCGCGAUCGUCUUCGGGGGUUACUGCCGGGGCGACAAUUUGGGGCAAUGCCUUGCUCAUUAUAUCAUGGGGAGUGGAUUUAUCGCAUACGGCACCAUUAUGGCCAUCCUGUUGCUCGUCGGCGAGGCAUGGGUACGGCGGAGUGGACGCAGUCCCGACUGGUGGGAUUCAUGGAUAAUCAUGCUUUGGGGAAUCGUCAACACGUUCACGGAGCAUCACGGCUCUGGGUGGUCAGUGAAGGAUAUGCAACAUACUAUCCUUGGCGUUCUCUGGUGGGCUGGAGGAAUUCUUGGGAUAUUUCUCUCCAGGAAUAACCAGCGAACCGUGGUUCCUGCGCUCAUCAUCAUUCUCACCGGGUGGGCAAUGUCUGAUCACGCGCAGGCACUCAUGCUUUCUACUAAGGUCCACGCCCUCUUCGGGUACACGCUGAUGGCUGCGGGUUUGGCACGCCUCAUCGAAGUCUGCUUUGUUGCGCCGAAGUAUACGCCAGAUAUCGUCGAGGGUGAUAGUCAUAGCGAGCAUACUCUCGACGGUAGUCGCGAGGAUCAUGCGGUGGCCUCCUCCAGCCCGGCGCGUGCAUUCAGGCAUUUACCGCCUUUCCUCCUCGUCUCGUCAGGGCUGCUCUUCAUGUCCGCCACGGACGAAGAGCUGCACUUCGUCAACGACAACAAGAUGGACCACGUCACGUACAUCCUGAUCAUGUUCAGUACGGCGUUCAUCCUCUACGCCCUCAUCGUCUCCCUCAUCAGUCUCUACGCCACGAGCGGGCGGAACGCGGUCCCAGCGUCACCCGGCGACGGUGCAAUCGAGCUCACCCCGAGCAAUAAAUGGUACGCGCGCGUGCCCGCGGCGGACGUCGAGCCCGGAACACACGUCAUCGGCGACGAUGACGACUGAGGCCGCGCGCCUGUAAAUAUGACCCUGAUAUGUGUUGUUUGAGUAGAACCGGAUGUUGUUGUGCAAGAUACACUGUUCUAAGGGGGCCUCCCCUCGAUAUAUAAUUUACUAAUGUCGCUUCGC